AUGCCGUGUGCCGUGUGUCGUGUGCCGUGUGUCGUGUGCCGUGUGUCGUGUGCUGUGUGUCGUGUGCCGUGUGCCGUGUGCCCUGUGCCGUGUGUCGUGUUCCGUGUGUCGUGUGUCGUGUGUCGUGUGCCGUGUGCCGUGUGUCGUGUUCCGUGUGUCGUGUUCCGUGUGUCGUGUGUCGUGUUCCGUGUGUCGUGUGCCGUGUGUCGUGUUCCGUGUGUCGUGUGCCGUGUGCCGUGUGCCGUGUGUCAUGUGCCGUGCCCCGUGUGCCGUGUGUCAUGUGCCGUGUGUCGUGUGCCGUGUGUCGUGUGCCGUGUGUCGUGUGCCGUGCCCCGUGUGCCGUGCCCCGUGUGCCGUGCCCCGUGUGCCGUGUGUCAUGUGCCGUGCCCCGUGUGCCGUGUGUCAUGUGCCGUGCCCCGUGUGCCGUGUGCCGUGCCCCGUGUGCCGUGUGUCAUGUGCCGUGCCCCGUGUGCCGUGUGCCGUGUGUCGUGCCCAGUGUGCCGUGUGUCGUGUGCCGUGUGUCGUGCCCCGUGUGUCGUGUGUCGUGUGCCGUGUGUCGUGUGUCGUGUGUCGUGCCCCGUGUGUCGUGUGUCGUGUGCCGUGUGUCGUGUGCCGUGUGUCGUGUGUCGUGUGCCGUGUGUCGUGUGCCGUGUGUCGUGUGUCGUGUGUCGUGUGUCGUGUUCCGUGCGCCGUGUGUCAUGUGGUCCUGGCCGGGACGCCCUCACAAUCCCUCCCUUCAUACGACCAGGGCUUUGUAAUGAAGAGUCCAGUUAA